CCAAAACCCACAACAACACCAUGGACUUUUCACAAUUCAACGGUACCGAGCAGGCUCACAUGACCAAGUUCAUUGAGAAGAAGCAGAUGCAAGACUUUAUGAGGCUCUACUCUGGUCUCGUCGAGAAGUGCUUCAACUCGUGUGCUCAGGACUUUACCACCAAGUCGCUUUCUUCCAACGAAACUACAUGUGUCCAGAACUGUACCGACAAGUGGUUGAAGCACUCUGAGAGGGUUGGAGCAAGGUUUAACGAGCACAAUGCUGCGCAAAUGCAAGGCCAAUAAGGAGAUAUCAUGACGAGAAGAGAGAAGUGUAUAUGAAGUAAAAGGCUUGUGGUAGUCGGCAGCAUUAAUGUAUCUCAUCUCAGCAUUUUACA